GCGAUUGGCGGACGUCAGGGGUGUCAGAGAGAUCUCCCGUUCCUCAUUGGCUCGUUCCACGUGCGGGCCAGCCUCACGUGUUUCCGGUUCGAAUGAAAAAAGUGUGGCUGAGCGAUUUUUUAGGGAGAGUUUGUUGCAAAGAUCGGAGCUGUCAGAGAUUUGCUUAAAAAAAAAAUUAAAAAAAAAAUACCCAGGCGCUGUGCAAGCUGGCGCUUAAAGGCUCUGCCAAGCCUGAUCUGUGGGCAAAGCAGAGUAUGACACUUGGGGAAAUCAAAACCUACAGUAUUUGUAGGAAGAUGGGUAGAUUUUAAAGGCGAUUGGGAGGGGGGGCGGGCGUGGGGGGGGGAAGCUGCUUUGUUAUUUUAUUUUAUUGGGUGGUGGUGGAAAUAGCAGGUAAUUGCAAACAAAUCCAAAACCCAAUUCGCUCCAGUGUCUCCGUAUUUUUUGGAUAUAACUGUCUUUAAAAACAAACAAACCAACCAACCCCACCACCAACCCAUCUCUCUAGAUCAGAUCCAAGCCAACAAGUGGAUUUUAUUUGUGGUUGUUUUUUUUUUUCACCCCACCACCCACUGGGGUGGGAAUAAAAAGCGUGUGUUGGGGGGAGGGGGGGAGGGAAAGGCAGCGAUCUCCGUGGCGGGGGCUGAUUAUGGAAGAGCAGCCGGACAGUAAAAGUCACCGAGACUCUGCUACAACAACUACCACCACCACCAGCAGCACCAGCAGCGGCAGCGAUGGAGAAAGCGUCCCCGUCUCCCCCAGCCACGCGCCUUCCCCGCCUGCAGCGCCCUGCAUCCGGCCCAUGCCCCACCACCACCAGCCGCAGCCACAGCCGCAUCGCACCACCAACUUUUUCAUUGACAACAUCUUGAGGCCGGACUUUGGCUGCAAGAAAGAGACGCUGCUGAUCGUCGGCGGAGCAGCAGCGGCAGGCGGCGGCAGUGGUGGAGGCGGCGGCCGGGACAGAGACCGAGAUCGCGGUCAGACCUCAGGUAGAGAAAACGUCAACCCACUGAUAACGAGGCCAUGCAACCCGUCCUCUCUCCUUUGCCCGGAUUCAAACUGUAACCCCGACAGCUCCUCCUCGGCGCCUCCUGCUGCAGCUGCUGCCUCUAAAGCGAACCCCGCCGCGGCAGCAGCGGUAGCAGCAGCGGUAGCGGCCGCCAAGCCACCCUCCGAAGGGAGUGGAACUAACCCGGCGAAGUAUGGGGAGCACGCCAACCCCGCCAUCCUGCUCAUGGGCUCUAAUAAUGGAGGACCUGUUGUAAAGAGCGAUUCUCAGCAGCCUCUAGUAUGGCCUGCCUGGGUUUACUGCACUAGGUAUUCAGACAGACCAUCUUCGGGUCCGCGGACCCGGAAACUGAAGAAGAAGAAGAACGAGAAGGAGGACAAGCGGCCUAGAACAGCCUUCACGGCCGAGCAGCUGCAGAGACUCAAGGCGGAGUUCCAGGCCAACCGCUACAUCACGGAGCAGAGGCGGCAGACCCUGGCCCAGGAACUCAGCCUGAACGAAUCCCAGAUCAAGAUCUGGUUCCAGAACAAGCGGGCCAAAAUCAAGAAAGCCACGGGCAUCAAGAACGGCCUGGCUCUUCAUCUCAUGGCCCAGGGACUGUACAACCAUUCCACGACCACGGUGCAGGACAAAGAGGAGAGCGAGUAGUCAGCACCCCCAGUCCGCAUUGAUUAUUAUUAUUAAUUAUUAUUAUUAUUAUUAUUGCCAGGAAAGGAAUAUAAAAUAAAAAGGACUUAACAGUGAAAAGUGACAUACUGAAGGGGACUUUGGACAGGUGCUAUUUAAAAUCAAAUCUAUUGUCUAUCCAUAGUAUAAGGACUCCCAAUUAAAAAAAAAAAAAACAAAACAAAACCCGAACACUUACAAAAAAUAUCUCUAUAUAGCCAAACAUCAUAUGACCUUGUAUAUAUUUAAUUUCAGGUAAGAAAUAUGUGUAGCGAUCUCUAUUUGCUGGACAGUUUCUCUUCCUCUUUGUCUCUCUUUUGUUUGUUUUUUUGUUUGUUUUCUUUUUCUGAUGUCGUUGCCUCUUGUUUUGAAGUAAAUGUCAGACUCCCGAAUUUUUCUUUUAUUUUUUGUGUGAAUUUCCGUCUCCCCCCGCCCCCCGAAGAAUUGGAUCCACUGACUGAGAGCCUGAACCCGCCGCUACAAGCCAAAGAUUUUAUUAUGUUCAGAAAUCUGUAGUCUGAAAUAAAGUGUAGACUGUGUUCAGGAUACAGGCUGGCUGUUCUUAUUUACAUAUAUAGUCACAGCUUGAUGAUUUGUGUGGGUUUUUUUUAAUUGAUUAGGAUUGCGAUUGGCUAAGCACCCUUACAGAAAGUGCGAAUCAAUUUUUAGUUCCAAAUUCAACCCUUUAGAAAUCGGAGCUACUGUUUAAUUUGGCUGGUUGCUUUGUGGCCACUGUUUAAUGUGUGAAGUCAGUGGUAAUUGUGUGUCCCGGUGACUGUGCCAUGAAAUUGCCAAGCACAC